GGUGUGCUGAUUGCAACAAUGGCAGUACCGUUUGUGGAAGACUGGGACUUAGUGCAGACUCUUGGAGAAGGGGCAUACGGAGAAGUUCAACUAGCUGUGAAUAGGCGCACCGAGGAAGCGGUUGCGGUGAAAAUGGUUGACAUCAAAUGUGCAGUUGAAUGUCCGGAUCAGAUCAGGAAGGAGAUCUGCAUCAACAAAAUGUUGAAUCAUGAGAAUAUUGUGAAGUUCUACGGGCACCGACGAGAAGGCACUAUUCAGUAUCUCUUCCUGGAAUACUGCAGUGGGGGCGAGCUCUUUGACCGAAUAGAGCCUGAUAUCGGAAUGCCGGAAUCAGAAGCACAGAAGUUUUUCCACCAGCUAAUAGCUGGGGUGGUCUACCUCCAUAGUAUAGGAGUGACUCAUCGGGAUAUUAAGCCAGAGAAUCUGCUACUUGAUGCAAGAGACAACCUCAAGAUCUCAGACUUUGGGCUAGCUACUGUAUUUAAAUACAACGGCUCUGAGCGAUUGUUGAACAAGAUAUGUGGCACGCUUCCAUACCUGGCCCCAGAAGUCCUAAAAAGGAAAGAAUUCCAUGCCGAGCCCGUUGAUGUGUGGUCAUGUGGAAUAGUGCUUACUGCUAUGUUAGCAGGAGAAUUGCCCUGGGACCAGCCUGUUGAUACUUGUCAAGAAUAUUGUGACUGGAAAGAAAGAAAGACAUAUCUUUCCCCAUGGAAGAAGAUUGAUUCAUUGCCACUAGCUUUACUCCUCAAAAUAUUAAAUGAAAACCCCUCAUCCAGGCUUACUAUUGCAGAUAUUAAAAAAGACAGAUGGUAUACAAAACCUUUAAGGAAAGGUAUAAAGCGGUCUCGGGGCUCUUCAGGAGGACCUUCUGAUUCUCCAGGAGGUUUUUCUAAACACAUUAGAUCGGAUAUGGACUUCUCUCCAGUAAAAGAUGCACACAGUGAGGAGAAAAAGACCUGUUCCAAUUCCCAGCCAGAACCAAGAACGGGCCUCUCCUUGUGGGACAGCAGUGCAGGCAGUAUCGAGAAAUUGGUACAAGGGAUUAGCUUCUCUCAACCAGCCUGCCCUGAGCAUAUGCUACUAAACAGCCAAUUAUUAGGCACGCCAGGUUCAUCACAGAACCCAUGGCAACGUCUAGUAAAGAGGAUGACCCGUUUCUUUUUGAAAUUGGAUGCUGACCAGUCUUACCAAGUCUUGAAGGAGGUUUGUGAAAAGAUGGGCUACAUCUGGAAGAAAGGCUGCACAAACCAGGUCACCAUAUCAACCAUGGAUAGAAGAAACAACAAACUAAUUUUCAAAGCAAAUUUGGUGGAAAUGGAUGAGAAAAUCCUUGUGGAUUUCCGACUGUCAAAGGGUGAUGGUUUGGAGUUCAAAAGGCAUUUCCUGAAGAUCAAAGAGAAACUAAAUGAUGUUGUCAGCCCACAGAAGUUAUGGCUUCCAGUGACAUGACUGCAUUGUGGUUGAAAAACAAGUGAAUUUGGCUGCAGUAUUUUCAGCCAUAGGACAGUUUAUGCCAGUGUUUCUCAACCUUCACCACUUGAAGAUGUAUGGACUUCAACUCCCAGAUGUGUGGACUUCAA